CUUGAUCUAAACUUGAACAUACUCGGAGUUUUGAAAACCCCGGGCGGGGCCGACCUCCAGUCACGUGCGUCAUCACAGUACCAUUCGAACGGGCGAUAGUGGUAUCCGAAACCAUCAUACCUCCAUGUCCAGCAUUUGACCUAUUGUCACUCCCAAGACUUUCUCGCGCCUGGGCAAUCGUCGUCUGUCGGGAUGGUGGACACCGAGCAAGUUCCCACCCAUGUGGCCAAUGCUCGUGUGGCGCCCAUGAAGCCACAGCGCGUUCUGGCAUGCAUCCUAUGCCAGCAACGCAAGGUCAAAUGCGAUAGAAAAUUCCCAUGCAGCAACUGUACCAGGGCGGGAACCCAGUGCGUUCCCGGGCAUGCUGUCACAACUCGGCAGCGGCGUCGGCGAUUUCCUGAACGAGACCUUCUUGAUCGGAUUCGGCGAUACGAAGAUUUGUUACGGAAGAACAAUAUACCAUUUGAGCCUCUCCAUGGGAAUUCUACUGACAUUGCGACGCCGGAGACAGCUGAUACAAGCCAGCAUCCGUCGCCUCUUGAAAACACAGGAAGUUCUGAAUACAGUCCCAGAGAUGAAUCUGGAGACAAUGGCCCACCCAAAGCGGGAUUCAUAAAUAUCUGGAAUGCAUGGAGUCAAUCGGGCUCUCCAGAUGGGAGCGACGACAACGAUGACGAAGAUCACGACAGCGACUCCUCGCAAGUCAGAGUUCGCCAUGCCACCGUUAAAAAAGCAUUAGAGCAUAUGUUCGAGAAGGGUGACGACCAUCUCCUUUUCGGCGCGCGUGCGUCUCUUAAUGAUCUCUCUGCUUUGCACCCCCCACAGGUCCAGAUCUUCAGAUUUUGGCAGAUCUAUCUGGAUAACGUCAAUCCGCUUCUAAAAGUUACGCAUACUCCCACUCUACAGCCACGCAUCAUCAAUGCGAUCGGAAACUUGGGUAGUAUAGAACCCGCUCUGGAAGCAUUGAUGUUCAGUAUAUAUUGCGUUGCACUAAUCAGUAUAACCGAAGCCGAGUGCCGCACUUCUUUUGGGUCUGAACGAGGCCACCUUCUGGCCAAUUAUUCGUUCGGCUGCCAACAGGCACUGCUCAAAAGCGGUAUAUUACGUACCACUGAGCGUGAGUGCCUGACGGCUUUCUAUAUCUAUCUGAUUUCUAUCAAAGCAGAAUCAGAGCCUCGUGCGCUUUCCACGAUGCUUGGUGUUGCGGUUCGUCUUGCACAGCAUAUGAGGAUGCACAGUGAAUCCGCCAACGCAAAGUACCCUGCUCUUGAAGCAGAGAUGCGCCGCCGACUGUGGUGGUCACUGGCAGCUUUUGAUGCCCGUGUAUCCGAGCAAUCGGAUUUCAAGGGCGGCAUUAUGUGUCCAGGCUGGGACUGCAGCAUUCCGUCUAACGUGAAUGACUUCGACCUACGGCCCGAGAUGAAAGUGGCUCCCGCAAGCCAAGAGAAGAUCACCGAAGCCACUUUUGCUGUCGUGCGUAGUGAACUUGCCGAUUUCGUUCGCAACUGCUCUUAUUACCUCGAUUUCAUCAAUCCGCUUCUAAAGCCGGUCGCCCAUGUAUCCGCUAAGAGUGGUGAUCUAUCAACGCUUACAAAGUCAAUCGAGGAGAAGUAUCUCACGCACUGUGACGAGCGCAAUCCGCUUCACUUCAUGAUCAUCUGGGUUACAAGGAGCUACUUGGCCAAGCACACCCUCUUCGAGCAAUACCAAAAGCAGUGGAGGUCAGACAUGGUAGUGACUGAAGAGCAACGAGAUGUUGCAUUAUGUCACGCUUUAGACAUGUUUGUGGCCGAUACGAACCUUAUCAGCUCACCACUCGUCUCAGGCUAUUACCAAUAUGUUGCUACACUAUUUCCAUUCCCAGCAUACCUACAUGUCGUCCAAGACUUGAGACGGCGAGCUCACGGAAAACAUGCCCAGCGUGCCUGGGACACCAUGAGUAAAAACUACGAGGUCCGUUGCAUGACCGGAUGGUGGGACCCGGUCGACAAUCCCAUGACCAAGAUAGUGCACAAGGCCGUCGUCCAAGCCUGGUCUGCCUAUGAGAAACUGGCCCAGGAAUCGGGUAGAGAGGUGUCGCCACCAUUUUUUGUCACCUCGAUGCAAACCAAGUCGAUGCAGAUGAACCCUGCUCUUCAAACCAGGGAAGCACCGCAAGAUGCAAAUUUCUUACCUUUUCAGAGCGCUGAUGUCCCCACUGAUAUGGAUCUGGACCUUGGAGGUAAUAACGCACAAUUCAAUUUCGACUUCUUAGAUCCGAUGCAACAACCAAUUGGGGGGUUUCAGUCUACAACUAACUCCUCUGCGGUGGACCUUGAUUUGAAACAGUUGGACUUUACAGGUCUGGGCUGGAAUUCAGUGCGCGCUCCUAGAUGGUAGAUCCGGUCACACGUGUCAGGUUCCCUACGGGAAGCAAAUACAGACAUAAUUGAAAGAUGACGAUCAUGUACAUAUAGAUACCUCGAAUCUCUUCUUAGCAACGUCGAGUAAAUAAAACACUCCAAUCAAUUGUUUCGAAG